UUAACUGUUGCGUAACGAAGUUUGAGAUCUGUGUUUGGGAGAGUGGUGAUUUUCGUGAAUUUCGGCCAUCAGGAACUGUUUGGUUUUUAGUGAUAUCGUUUCAUGGACUGUUGUCGUUUGUUGGUUCUGAAUGUUGAAUAAAAUUAUGACAGAAGGUUCCGAAGAUGAAAUAGAAACCUCCACCAAACAUUUGGAACUAGAAGACCACUCCAUGGAAAGAGCAAUGGUACCACCCCAUACUGAAUCUGACAUCCACCAGUUUGCACUAGCACAAGAAUACAAAAGGGGAUUCUUCUCCCACACCGACAACAUGUUACUCGAAGGCACUCCCAAGAUCUCCAUGAAGAAUCCAGAAGUUCUUUACGAUAAACCGAGCGUUGACUCAAAUCAACAGAACGCGAGAGUUGAUAUUUACUAUCUUAGAGCUAGGGAAGUCAUACUUGCCAGUGGGUCACUACCAAGUGAACUGGAACUGAGAGAAACUGGAGUUUUCGCCAAGGUGACCAUUCCUAAGGGUACGAAAUAUGGACCGUUCCAAGGAAAGUGGGCUAGCGUUCCGCAAGAUAUAAGAUUUGCUUGGGAG